CCUUCGCAUACUAGCUGCGUACGCGAGGAAGACGACCAAUGAGUAUCCUAGGUCAUUGUCAUUAACGUAUUCGAAUUCACCUGUUUGCGACACGGUCGACGUACGUUUUAAUGACGCUCGUGCACGGAAAGUAGAAAGCAUUGCGAAAGGUAAUGACAAGGGUGCAUACGCAGCGUCAUUCCGGCUUUCGUGUCUCCUGUGCAACAUGCAAUCAUACUUCUGCGUUGUUCACGAUCCGCAUCCAGUACCGUUUCGAUCGUUCGAGGUCACUGCCUCGGUGUUCGCUUUGUCAGCCAUUUCCGCGAAUGUAUCCACCUUUUACGAAUGUCAAACUCGUUUAAUCUUAAUCUAUGCAUGCCAGGCAAGGUUUCUGAGAACUCGGCGCGCACUCAGGCUGAACCGAGACUACUCGUGAUAAAAUAAAGUCUAUAUAUACUGAAACUUCGCACCUCCGUUUGCACAUUAAAAUUCUAUGCGUACGCAGUUACAGAUUAAGAUUAAUAUCCAUUAACUGUCGUGGUCUAUCGAAUUUCUAUCUAUAAUCACGACGUUCGAUCCAACCGAAAUGCAAAUGUCCAAGAUUCGCUGGAUUUUUGAGGAAGCUCCGCGAAACUUUCUUCCAGACGAAAGGCGAUUGGUAUUCAAGAGUUCAGUAAUCUUCGGCUGCGUCUUGCUGGUCCGCGGGGAAUCGCCUACCACCAGCUACUCGGUCAGAGGUGACGCUAAUUACGACUACAACACCAUCAAAGACGGCCACAGGGACACAACGGAUUUCUACUCCGCUGGUAGCAGUGGACACACCAACAGCAGGAGUCAAGGAAACCUCGAGGAGAGUUUAAGAGCCAACACAUACAGUGGUUUCUCUCCGAGCUCCCACGACAGUGGUUUCCAAGGGUUCUCCAGCAGCGGUACCAGUUCCUACUUCGGGAACGACCCUGUACAGUCCUCCUUCGACGGUUAUACCAACGCUAACAACGGCGAUUCCACGUUUGACGCUUAUACGCACAGCAACGAUCAAGCUGGCUCCGACUUUAGUCAGUUCUCCAGCAAUAAGCACAAGAACUCUGCCUACAUGAAGUUCACGGACAGUCUGCCUGGCGCGUCCAUCGCAGGGAGCUUCUCCGAGAUAGCUCCCGAAGGUUCUGCUUACAGAGAAUAUUCUGGAGAUGCGUUCAGAGGUCACGCACCUGGAGGAUACAUGGAUGGCGAGCAAUCCUUCAACAGAGAACCUACGAGCUUGUUCAACGCGGCUGGCAGUGAUUACUCGUUCGGGAAGCACAAGGAGGGUAUGUUUGGAAUCGGAGGAAGUAACAAGUACCCCAGCGAGGGUUAUCCCCUUCACUCUGACACGCGUUACAUACGUGGAAACCAUGGGAGCAUGGGACGCGAGUUCCCAUCUCCUGGGUACGUAACGAGCUCGUCGAGCAGCCCUUAUAGUAGCAUCCGUGGAAGCUCUGGUCUUUACAGCUCGGGCAAAUAUAGUAAAUAUAACAAAUUCAUGGGCGAUUACGCUCCAGGAGCGGGUCUGAAUUACCUCUCGAAAGACCAAGACGCUGAUUAUUUAUUCGCCAACUACGGAAAGGGCAAGGUAGCAGCGCUGAAAGAUAGCAGACCGAGCAGUAGCUAUGGCGGUCAAGCUUAUCUCGGUGGACCGUCGUAUCUGAACAAAAUCGCCUCGAGUUACAAGAGCAAGCCGAGCUUCAUGAGCUACCCGAGCAGUUCUCUGCUUAGUUAUCCCUCGAUGUCGAGUUUGCACAGCAGUUUCAGUGGCAAUAGCUACGCUGAUGGUCCCAGCCCUAUGCUUCGAAGAUACCGAAGCAGUAGUGGCUACAUUCCUGGCCAUGGGAGCAUGUACUCCGGUUUUUAUUAACGUUUCCUAUGUGA